AUGGCUGAGGGUAUCGAUAGGAAUGCGGAUGACCGCAUGGAGUUCUCGACCUCCAAAGAAGUAACCGUCGCUCCAACCUUCGAGGACAUGCACCUCAAGGAAAAUCUCCUCCGCGGAAUCUACGCCUACGGAUACGAGUCGCCUUCUGCCGUGCAAUCACGAGCGAUCGUCCAGAUCUGCAAGGGAAGAGAUACUAUUGCGCAGGCGCAAUCAGGCACCGGCAAGACCGCGACAUUCUCAAUCAGUAUUCUACAAGUUCUGGAAACAUCAGUUCGCGAGACUCAAGCCUUGGUGUUGUCCCCCACUCGAGAACUCGCCACCCAGAUCCAAAGCGUCAUCAUGGCUUUGGGAGAUUACAUGAAUGUCCAGUGCCACGCAUGUAUUGGUGGAACCAACGUUGGUGAAGAUAUCAGAAAACUCGACUAUGGUCAACAUGUCGUAUCCGGUACGCCGGGCAGAGUUGCGGACAUGAUUCGACGAAGACAUCUCCGUACAAGACACAUCAAAAUGCUCGUUCUCGACGAAGCCGAUGAACUUCUUAACCGGGGGUUCAGAGAGCAGAUCUACGAUGUCUAUCGAUACCUACCACCUGCAACACAAGUCGUAGUUGUGUCCGCAACGCUCCCAUACGAUGUUCUUGACAUGACCACAAAGUUCAUGACGGACCCUGUCAGAAUCCUCGUGAAGCGUGACGAACUCACAUUGGAAGGGCUCAAACAGUAUUUCAUCGCAGUUGAAAAGGAAGAAUGGAAGUUUGAUACCCUGUGCGAUCUUUACGAUACUUUGACAAUCACGCAGGCUGUGAUUUUCUGCAAUACUCGACGUAAGGUCGACUGGCUGACCGACAAGAUGCGAGAGGCCAAUUUUACCGUCAGUAGCAUGCACGGAGAAAUGCCACAAAAGGAGCGAGACAGCAUCAUGUCCGACUUCAGACAGGGCAACAGUCGAGUUUUGAUCAGCACCGAUGUCUGGGCUCGUGGAAUCGACGUUCAACAAGUUAGUCUUGUCAUCAACUACGACCUUCCAAGCAACCGAGAGAACUACAUCCACAGAAUUGGCCGAAGCGGUCGUUUUGGUCGAAAGGGAGUCGCCAUCAAUUUCGUCACUAGCGAAGAUGUGCGUAUCUUGCGAGACAUUGAGCUCUACUACUCGACUCAAAUCGACGAGAUGCCCAUGAACGUUGCCGAUCUCUUGACAUGA